AGGUAACGACCGCCAACGAUGUACGGCCUCGAAGGGCCCAAUUUCAAGGGUCAGGGCUUCGGAUAGGGUCGUUAUCGAGUCGCCUAAGGUUGGCCCUAUGCCGCUCAUGUUUAGAAAGUUUUUAGGGCGAGACUUGAACGUUUUAAAAGGGAGAUAACUCCAACUAACCCAACCUAACAAGCAGCAAAAUUGAUUUUUUUUACACCCACCCCAUUAUUAUUUCCUACUAGAUUAGACGGGUUUUUUUUUUUUUUAAAACAACAACCAAACAAAAUAAAUUAUCUUUACACAUGCUUUGUGUUGCUAUUGCAUUUGAUGUGCAUCCUUUUUUAUGCUGUGGCAUUAAAAGAGAACACGAUAUGCCUGCGACAUCAAUGGUAGUAAAUAUUUAGGCGGGAAUCUCGAAUCGAACCAAUAGAAGCGGAUGCUGGCUGAUAAUUUGACCUUGGCGAUGUCACAACACACGGAAUAAUAAGAUGUAUUUAAAUUGAGUAAACAAGCUUUAAUAAUUAGUUUAUCAGUACAGUACAACGAAUGACUUCAAGUUUGGAAUAACAACAACGGUCCGAAAAUGAAGGUGGUAGCUUUGGUCAGUGGCGGCAAAGACAGCACCUUCAACAUGAUGCAGUGUAUAGCGGCUGGUCAUCAAAUAGUAGCCCUGGCCAACUUGGUACCGCACAACAAAACCGAAAUCGACAGUUACAUGUAUCAGAGUGUCGGUCAUGAAGCAAUAGAUUUGAUAGCGCAAGCCAUCGACUUACCAAUAUUCAAAAAGAUCACCUACGGAGUAUCGAAAAAACAAGGCAAAACAUACGAGUAUUGUAAAAACGACGAAGUCGAAGACUUGUACAAUCUUUUACAAGAAAUCCAAGCCCAAAUCGAAUUCGAUGCAGUCUCAGUUGGAGCAAUAUUGAGCGACUACCAAAGAGUCAGAGUUGAGAAUGUCUGCUUAAGACUCAACCUAACUCCUUUAGCUUAUCUCUGGCAACGUAAACAAGAAGAAUUACUAGACGAAAUGAUCAAAUGCGAAGUGGACGCUGUGGUAAUUAAAGUAGCCUGUUUAGGAUUGGACCCUAAAAAACAUCUCGGCCGAAGUUUAAGUCUACUUCAACCCCACUUAUUAUCAAUGCACGAAAAAUACGGCCUUAACGUUUGCGGCGAGGGUGGCGAAUACGAAACCCUUACCUUGGAUUGUCCUUUGUUUAAAAGCAGACUUGUUAUUGAAGAACACGAAUUAGUCAUGCACCAAAACGACCCAAUAGCCCCAGUAGGCUUCCUAAAAUUCAACUCCCUAAAACUAGAAUUCAAAUUGCCCCCUUUGGAUUUGCAAAGUCGUUUGGAAGGUCUCCCAUUGAAAGACAGCUUAGGCUAUAUUUCUGAUGAUGAUGAGAAUGAUUUUGAAAUCAAUAAUAUUGAUGAAGCUGGAGAUUGUGACAAUAUUGAAACUUUAGACAAUGAAGAAGUUGAUGUUAAGGCUCAUAUACAACAAAAACCAAGCUCGUAUGCUAGCAAAGAAGGCUGGUUGUGGGUGGGUGGUAUUCAAGGCCACUCCAGUGAUCCAGCAGGAGCUUUAGAAGAAGCAAUCAGUAAACUAACGUAUUUAUUAAGCCUCAAAAACCACACAAUCAAAGAUGUCUGCUCUAUAGCCUUAUAUGUAAGUGACAUGAGUCAAUUUGCCUUACUAAACGAAGUAUAUAUAAAGACCUUCUCUCACGUAAAUCCACCUACAAGAGCUUGCGUUCAGGUACCCCUUAACUGUCCAGUAAUCUUGGAAGCCUUAUCUUGGAAAUUGGAUAAUGAAGAAGACAAGCAAACUAUGCACGUGCAAAGUGUAUCACACUGGGCCCCCUGUAACAUCGGCCCUUAUAGUCAAGCAAACAAAAUUGGCGAUUUUAUUCAUUUGGCAGGGCAAAUUGCUUUGGUACCAGGCAAUAUGCAAAUGGUACCUGGUGGAAUUAAGCCCCAAUGUAAACUUGUUGUAAGACACAUUGACAGGGUAUUAAAGGCUAUUGAUGUUAAUAUAAGAGAUGUUGUGCAAGGGAUUUGUUUUGUGACACAUAGUUCCUAUAUAGAGCCUGCCAGAAAGCAUUGGGAGGCUAAAACCAAUAAUGCUCUAGUUGAGUAUGUUGUUGUCACGGGAUUACCUAGAGGGGCCUUAAUUGAAUGGCACGUUUGGGCUCACAAGCAUAAUAAUCAGUUUGAGUAUGAAGAAAGAGGCAAAUGCAUUGACGACUACUCGAUUUUGCUUUAUCGCCGAGUCAAUUACGAAAACAACGUGGCUGCAACAGUUUGUAGAAUAGAAAGUCAAGCCAAUGGGUGCGACAGCCAGAUUUUCUUUGAGGCCUUAAACUAUUCCGUUCAAAAAUUGAAACAGGGUCAUGAGAAUGAUUCAAAGUGCAUUUUCAACUUGAAAAUAUACUUUUCUAUACUUAAAUUUAACAAUGUUGAUAGCUUAGUGGAGGUAGUAGAAAACUAUGCAGAGGAAAAUUUAGUUUACACCUUUGUGCCAGUGGUUAAACUCAAAAGUAGCAACACUCUAUUGUCGAUUUGUGGCAUUAGGAACCAGUAGAAGUAAAGGGGGAUUUAAUAAAUAAAACUUCAAAC